GUACCAAGUCUUUGUCUCCAAGACGCUUUAUUUAGCCAGAAAUGUCUCAGUCGGGAGGAAGUGUGUGGUAUCAGCGAGAGAUUGCCAUAGCUGCCAAGAAACGGGGAUGUCACUUAAUUACAGACGAUGUUCUCCAUCAGGUCCCAGAAAUAAAGAAGAUAAAAAUAGGAGUCGCAAAUAUACAUAUCAAGCACACAUCAGCAAGUCUAUGCUUAAAUGAGAACUGGGAUCCUGAUGUCAGAGUGGACAUGGAGAUGAUGAUGAACAAGUUGAUUCCAGAGAGUACGCCAUUCAAACAUAGUUGUGAAGGUCCAGAUGAUAUGCCAGCCCAUGUGAAGGCAGCGUUUAUAGGUACAGGUGUCAGUAUACCUAUCACAGAUGGCAAGUUUAAUCUAGGUACGUGGCAGGGCCUCUGGCUGUGUGAACACAGAAACUCUGCUGGAAGGAGAACUCUUGUGGUUACAUUGAAUGGAUGUGAACGUUGAAUUUGUUUCCCUGCAUACAACUUGUAACUCAGGAUUGAGGACUUGUUUGUUUUUGGAGUGUUUGUAUAAAUUUACCAGUUUAUCUGUGAUAGGUUUUAAAAUGGUCACAUUUACAGGUUGUUUGAAACCAGAAAUAAAACAAUUAAUAAGGACACCUUUAAAAAAAAUUGUAUUUGCAAUUGCCCUCAGGCCUCUCCUUACAAAAUAAUUUAGGGAGCCCGGACUCAUAACUCUUCUUAACCUCUAGGAAACAUUUUUUCAUUCUUUUGGAAGUUUUCUCAUUUAAAAUUAUUUCAACAUCAUAGUUUUAAGUAAUUUCUAAAUUAAAAAAAAAUAUUUCCCUAUCUACUGACCCAAUAUUUUUAUCCUCAGGUUAGAGCGGGCAAGCAAACAUACCGUACUAUAAGUGGAAAUUUUAGCGAGACGCAAAUUUAGCGAUUUCUACCUAAAAUCUGGUAUUUUAUUUUUAGCGAGAAGUAAUUAUAGUGAUUUUAAAAUGCUAACUAAAGAAAGCUGUUACAAAUAAUACACAAUUAAUUUUUAGCGAUAUUCAAUUUUAGCAAUGACAGCACCCUCGCUAAUAAUGCCAAAAUUAAAUCAUCGCUAAAAA